CUACAGCUCCCGGCGUCCCCUGCGCGCCUCAGCGUCCCGGCUGCUGAGCUGACGUCACCGACCGGGAAAUUAAGAUGGCGGCCGCCAAGAGGAAGCAUGUGAGUACGGCGGAGGCCGGGGCACCGGCGGGCUACACAGCCAUUCCAGUUAAGCUUUCUGAGAAGCAACAGUCACCUCACUACCUGUAUGUGAAGGAGCACAAAGUCCGAGAAGGCACCGAUACUACCCACCCUCCAAACCGUACUCUCUUUGUCCUUAAUAUCCCCCCGUAUUGCACAAAGGCAUGUCUGUCCAGGCUGUUUUCCUGCUGCUCGUCUGUCCAGUCUGUGAAUGUGUGUGAAAAACCGGGGCCACGAGAGAAACCAGAGGCACCCAAGUCCAAAUUCUUCAAUCUCAAGACAGUUACGGUAAAGCUCAGGGAGACUCUGAGAAGAGCAGAGGGAAAGGGGGCAUGCUGUAGGACAGGGAUAGGCAACCUAUGGCACACGUGCCGAAGAUGGAGGCUAAGCCAGCUCUGCAGUUAG